CCGGUAGGAGGGGAAGAAGAAGAAGAAGAAGAAGAAGAAGAAGUCUUCCCCCUCUGCAAAUUAAAGCUCGCCGCGAUAUGAAGCUUAUUGGGCCCUUCUCUCUUCUCGCGUGGUCCAUUGGGCUCGCUUUCAUAUGCUCCCUCCUCUAUGCCUCUUCAACCUCAAGUGACCCUUUGACAUGGCAAGGCCAUGGCAUGGCUGCCACAAUUAAGAACAGAACGCCGAAGGUACCACAUGAUAAUAAUGGCCACUACGAUCCAAGCUUUGAGGAAGAAGAUGAGGUUGCACGAAAGGUUGUGAAUUUGGAAGACUACCAACCGAUUGAUCCGGUCCCAAGCUCAAAGGCCUCUGUAAGACCAGGCCCUAUAAAACAUGACACUCCUUACUUGCCUUUCAUUCCUAAACCCCCUGCCCCUCCUCCAAAGAUGGCAUUCCCUUAAUUUGCCCCACAAACCGAUGCCAUAUCCAUAUGUUGCAGCCUUGCUUCUCUAUAUUAUCGCAAUAUUUCAGACUUAUAAUAAUCUGGUAGCUAGUGAUGUGAUUA